GUGCGGGAGUCGAUAGCACUGGAAUUGGAUUUUUCUAUAGUUGUCGUACUGUGAUAGCAGGACAGUGUAGGUUUAUGUAAUUAAUGUAUUCGAAUGCGAGUGAGUUUUGUGUUGGUUACAAACAGUCAGUAUAUUUUACAUUAUUAUGAAACAGCUCAUAAAUAGGAGACAUUUUUAUUUAAAAGUAAUUUAGAUAAAUAAUAUUCUAUUGUUAUUUACACUACCCAGCUAAAACAUGGAACAUGGCAAUCUCGAGUUGUCAAAUAGUUGGAUAUUUAGUUGGAAUUUUAACAUGGCUUGGAGCUUUGCUUGUGGUCACACUACCGGAUUGGAAACACAGUUACGUUUCAGAAAGAUCUUUCUCGGGAGUUUUGGUUGUUCGAGGUUUAUGGACAACUUGUACAGUAAAGGAAUCUGGAUCUGUUGAAUGUAUAAAUAUCAGUGAACCUGUGUUUGCAUUACCAACUUUGAUCAAGGGAUGCAGGACACUAUCGGUGCUCGGUACAGUUCUAGCUUUUUGUGCAGUGGCGAUUACCCCGCUUGGAAUGAGGUGCACUAGAAUAGGAGGAGACGCAAAAACAAAGCUUCGGAUUGCGAGAUGUUGUGCUGUCUUAUUCGGUCUUGCCGCCAUCUUGAUAGGAAUUGCUGUUUCAUGGUACGCUGAAGAUGUUGCCAAGGAUUUCCACAAUCCACUAAGUCUACGUAAACUUCCUCCUGUCAGCGAUUUAAAAUAUGUUUAUGGGAAUGCGCUUUACAUAGGUUGGGCUACCAUGGCAACCGGCGCUAUAUCUUCAACAUUUCUCGUAGUGGGGAGUUUCCCCGAUGCAGCAGCGGAAAGUGAAAACAACAAUGACAACCAAACUCAGCAGCAAAAAAGCUUGAGACCGGGAUCUUCUUAUGCUCGUUUGUUAAAAAGUGACGUCACAGCUUUGCAGGGUCCGGAGCAAAGAACGUCCUCGGUCAGCAAAGAACGGCAUUAUAUAACAGUGACAACUAAUGGCUAUGGAACCACGGGAGCGAAGGCCAGACCGACAACUGUGAACGGUAAAGCUCCAACCAAACAAAUGUCGGUAGCAUAUGGGGACGGUAAUACCUUACCCCUAUCAACGAGAAAUAAUCUACAAAGUCAAACUAAUAAGACAUAUGUAUAGCACAAGAUUUUAUUACGAUGCAAAUAGCAUGUUAAAUAUCUGAAGCCCGUUUGAUUUUGCAAUAGUUCCGUUUUGCACGAGUUUGUGUUUGCUGUACAGUUUUGUGUGCUUUUCAUUUAAUAAACCAAAACCAACAAAACUGUAAAACAGUUAAUUUAUUUUAUAAAAAGCUUAUUUUGGAAUACUGCUAUAUAAAAUUUGAAACCAGUUUGAUACGCAUGUUUGCAAUACAGAGCUACACGAAUCCGAAA